AAAUCUGAAAAUUUAAUCACUGAUUUGAUUUUUAUAAUUUGAUAGUAAUAUAUAAAAAUAAAAAUAAAAAGAUGUAACCGCCUCUUCUCACACUUCAAAAUUUUGGUGUUUUUUUUUCCCUCUUAUAAAGAUUUCGAAAUCCGAGAGAGAAUCGAAGAAGUGAUAAGAAGAAGAAGGGAUGGGAAUGGAGAUGGUGGUGGAGAGGACGACGACGGAGAUGGCGGAGGAAGAAUGUACGACGCCGAGAAGCAGGAUGUAUAGGAUUCCGGUGGCUUCUGUUUGUCCACCGCCGCCGAGGAAGAAAUCCAUGGUUGUGAGGAAACGAGAUCCGCCUAUGAACGGCUAUUUUCAACCACCGGAUCUGGAAGCUCUCUUCUACGCUCAGCCUCGACGAGAAGCUUGCGCUUAGAGACUUUUCAGAUUUUUUUUGGAUUUUGAUUCUUCCUCUUCUUCUUUUUUUGGCUUUUCUAGGGUUUUUUAAAUUUUAAUUUCACCUUCUUCCUCUGUAUAUACAUGUUUAGGAUUUCGUUCUUAUAUUCUUCUGUAUCGAAAUUGGAAUUUCCUAUGAUGAAAUUGAGAUCUGUUUUCAAAUUCGAAUCUGUUGGCUUGUCUUGUAGAUCUAAAGUUAGAUUGUAAAACUCUGGUUCUUCGGUUUAUUGAUUUUAAGAGUUUGUUUUC